AUGGCGGAGCUGAACGAGAAGAAGGAGAUGGAGUUUCCUUCCACAGAGGGAGAAUUGAAGUCUGCAUCUUGUGUUGCGAGUACCGUUACAGAUGAACACUAUGGAAUUAAUGAGAAAGCCCUACUACGAAAACUGGACCUCCGUUUGCUUCCGCCGUUGACGGUAUUGUAUCUUCUAUCAUUUUUGGAUCGGAGCAAUGUUGGCAAUGCUCGCCUGGAGGGCCUGACGACUGAUAUCAACAUGACUGGAAACCAGUAUCUAACAGGGCUAACAUUAUACUUCAUUGGUUAUGUGCUAUUUGAAAUACCGUGCAACAUCGUGUUGAAAAAGACAACGCCUCGAAUCUGGCUUCCAACUCUCACAUUGAUCUGGGGUAUUGUGGCAACGCUUCUCGGUGUUGUGCAGAACUACGCCGGUUACCUCACGGAGCCUGUUCUUAAUGGAUCAUGCGAUCCGUUGAGACCGAAAGGCCCCAGUGAGACUUUAGCUCUUGGAAUUGCUGAAAGUGGACUUUUCCCCGGAGUCGUUUUCUACUUGUCCAUGUGGUAUAAACGAAAUGAGCGACACUAUCGAGUGGCACUUUUUUUCAGCGCUGCAUCUCUCGCUGGUGCUUUUGGUGGUAUUCUUGCUUGGGGUAUUGGACACAUGCGAGGAGUCGGGGGAUAUAACGGAUGGAGAUGGAUCUUUAUCCUGGAAGGGCUUGUGACAGUGGUCACGUCUGUUAUUGCCUACAUUUGGGUGUACAACUAUCCUUCAACCGCCGAGUUUCUUUCAAAAAAAGAGCGAGAAUAUAUUCAAUUCCGCCUGAAAAACGACAACGACUCCAUGCGCGACGAGAAAUUCACUUGGUCGGCAGUAGCAGACGCAUUCAAAGACCAUAAGGUUUGGCUUUAUGGGCUUGGGUUUCACACCAUGUCUCUCCCGAUGUAUACUUUGUCUCUUUUCCUGCCAACUAUCAUCAAGGAGCUGGGUUACACUGCUGCGGAAGCUCAACUACUCUCGGUGCCUCCCUACGCUGUCGCAUUCAUAUUUACCGUCACGGUUGCCAUAUUUUCAGAACGCACUCAGAUCCGCGCGCCAUUCAUCAUGGGAUCAUCGAGUCUGGCCUGCAUUGGCUAUAUUCUCCUCCUCACCGACCACCGGCCUGGGAUAUCCUACCUAGGGACCAUCUUUGCUGCGGCGGGUAUUUACCCCGCUGUCGCUAUUGUGCUUUCAUGGCCGGCAAACAAUGUCUCCGGACAGACUAAGCGUGCCAUCGCCAAUGCCAUGCAGAUCUCGAUCGGCAAUCUCGGAGCCGUUCUGGGGACCCAGCUCUAUCGCACGGAGAUGAGUCCUCGAUAUUAUGUCGGACAUGGAUUUUCUCUGGGAUAUCUCCUGGCAAAUAUUCUGGUGGUUGGAAUUCUGUGGAAGGUCCUGAAAUGGGAAAACGCCGAGAAGGCUCAGGUGCGCGAGAGGGAAGGUUUACAAGCCCUGAUGGGGGAUAUUGGUGAUGUGGAGGAUGAUUUCCGAGGAGAUAAGGAUCCUCGGUGGAUAUUCCAGACUUAA